UCAUUUACGCUUUCACUAAGUUGGUUAAUGGAUGUUAUCAGUACAAUUCGUAUUUAAAAUUUAUUGUUGAUUACAUUGUCAUUAAUAAGAAUUAACGUUUGAAAUGAAAUUGUCUAACGAUGAACAGUCUCCAGACGUGGAUUCCAAGUCCGCUACAUCAACAGGUGCUGCUGCAGCAAGCAAAAAAAUUCCAGAUGUUAAAAUGUAUACCUUCUUUCUUUGCGAUCAUUGUCUCGGAGAUCGUCCCAUAAAAACAUCUGAUGAAUACAAAAUUCAAUUGCCUAAAAUAGAAAAUAGAUCUUAUUCUUUAAAAAUUCCUGUUCAUUGUGUGUCUGCAUCAGGCCGUUUCGAUAUUUCAGAGAUGAGAUUUAUCAUUUCCGAAAUAGAAGAAGCAGCAGAGCCAAAAGCAGAAGAAACUUCGUUCGAACCUCCCUAUUAUAAGAGUGCUCACUACUCUCUUAAUAUUCCUAAAAAACUUACGAUGGCAAAAACUUUAAUCUAUCAAUCAAAAAAAUUUGAGGAUGAAACCCUUGAUACGUUUGUUGAUUCAUUAUUUGAUAAGCAGCCCAAAUGGGAACUUCUGAGAGUUCAUCUAAAUCACACGAUUCUAAAAAACACACAAUUUGUGCUAAAUAAUAUUAAUUGGCAGACUCUUCCUUUAACUACAUUCAUUGUGUAUAUAUCCAAUCUGUACAAAUUAGUUUUAUUAGACUUCUCUCUCUGCCGUGAAACAUAUCAAGAAUUUUUAUGCGAAGAAUUUACUAGCGAAUCUGAAGAUAUGGAUAAAAAACUACGUAAAUUCUGUAGUUACGUGACUCUCCUUUCUCGAUGUUUUUCAAAUUUUGAUCGCAAUGAACUGGAUAAUUUUUACUCUUAUUUGAAACUUUGCAUCUUUCUGGUUUAUGCAGGAGAUAAUGAAGUACUGCGUCUGUUCAGAACUUUUCAAAACAAACUGAUCGAAGAUACAUCAUCAUAUUUUGUGAGAAACAUCUCUGAUUUUUACGAAGUUUUCGAUACUAUUAAUGCAGAUAAUCUUUUCAAACUAUUUACUGGACUUAAUGUGUAUGAUCCUUGCGAUGUAUUAGAAGACUAUAUAUUAGAUAGCAGAUUUCCUGAAGAAGACCUUACGAUAACUUCUAAUUAGGAUUUCAACUAAAUCUAAAAAAUAAGCGUUCAACUAAAUCUAAAAAAUUUAUGGUACUGUACUAAUAAAAAAUAUAUUAGUCUGUG